UCGUAGCUUUUGUGUCAACAACUGAAAAUUUUGUACGUCAUAAAAUUGAAGAAAGUUAAUAAUAAAAUUCAAAAGGCUUUUUCAAUUAUGAAUGCCUUUGCUCAUCUCGACCUAUUUGAUGGCAUUCCCGCAAAGUGUCCUGUAAAGGGUUGUUCCUCGCAGCUGACGCCACAGGAGCUGCUGGCGCAUUUGCUGAUGCGUCAUCGGCCCGAGGACUCGAUGCUGGAGAUUGGCGCCGAGUGGCAUACAGUGUAUGACUUGGACUUGGCCAAACUGACACCGGGUUGCAACCAUGUGGUGGGUGUGAUUGCCUAUGCCGGCAGCAGUGAUGCGAAUCGCAGUCGUCCUAUUGGGCCAGAGUUGCAAUUGGUGCAUCAUCUGCCCCUAAUUCUAAUGCUGUAUGUCAGCCCGCCGGCGUCCAAUUUGGAGCAGAUGUACGCGCUCUAUUUGAUCAGUCCGGUGGCCUCCAAGAAGGUGAGUGCCCAUGUCAGUCUGCUGAAUGGGCCGGAGGGUCGCGAGGUGCGUGGUCUCCGUUGUCUGCGCAACUUUCUGGACGCACCGUUGCAGGACAGCGAGGAGCUGCUUCACGGCAACAUGGACUAUCUGAUCUAUACGGCAACCGAUAUCUGGGAGCAUUGCACCACUGGUGAGACAUGCAAACUACAAUUCAAAGUGGUGUUGCACGGUGAGCCCAAUUUAUUUGAGACAGAGGAUGAAUUUCUGGAGGAAGCGACCAUGUGGCAGGCUUCCGAAUGACUCAUGUGGCGUGCCUCCUAUGUAUAACCUGACAGCUGGCCCAUAACCAAAAACUAUUGACGCACACUUGAGAUUUGAGUGCCUGUCAAUAAUUUCUUGUUAUUGUUGUUGCUAUUGUUAUUGAAUGAAACGCUGCUCAACUGUCAGAAAAA